CUAAAUAAUCGCUGGUGCGCUCAUCUCUAGUUAAAUUCCCUUAAGUGACAGACGCCGCAUAAAAACAUAAAAAUAUAGAAAAUCAACAUGAAUAAUGGGAAUAUUAAACGCCUUCAAAAAAAACUAAGCGUUUCCAAAAAGCCAGCAGUUACAGUCGAUUCACCAUUGGCAAAGUAUGACUCCUCAGGCACCUUGACCUGCAUUAUUUGCAGGAUACCCAUCAAACCCAACGUCUGGAAGGUGCACAUUAACUCCAAGCAGCACAAACUGAAUGUGGAUCAGGCGAAGCAGAAUAAGGUGGAGAAACCCGUCACCACCACUGCUCCCAAGGACCCAGCAGCUCCGUCCACCAAGACUCCAACUCCUGCCACGAACUCCAGCACCCUGCCCGAUAAAACUCCACAGAGCAGCCAGGAGAAGCAUCCUCACAUCAUUCAAGAGAAAACCUCCCAGCCAAAUGCGAGCAGCAAGCCCGUGAAUGAAACUACUGCCGAAAAACUGCCAGAAAAGUUCUUCGACGAGGAUAAGACCAACAAAUCCGAAGCCGCUCGACUGCAGGACGAGGAAUGGCAGAAAUUCCAGCAGGAGAUCAAGCGGGCUGACACGGAAUCCAGUGUAAUUGUGGCCGACGAGCAGGAGGACAUCAAUCUCAAGCGGCACAUCAAGGAGAUCGACGAGCAGAUCGAUAACUGGAAGAGAUUCAUUAAAAUAAACGACCAGAAAACACUGCUUUUGAGUAAAAAGCGAAAAGUUAACCCCAAGGUGGAAAUCGAUCCGGAACUGAGUUCAAGCGAGGAAGAUUGUAGCGUGGACGAUUUGUUCGACUGGAGAACGAAAAACUUGCAUAGAUAGAAAGCACAUAUAUUAAAAUGUUACUGUUACAAAACUCAAAAAA